AUUUCAAGGCCUCCUAGACCGGCUUCCGGUCCUACCGGAAGUGGCGGACGGAGGCCGGUGCAUCACGCUCCUGUGGAGGGCGAGGCGCUGCCGCCACCAUGGGCCGCGAGUUUGGGAAGCUGACCCGGGUGCGGCAUGUGAUCACCUACAGCUUGUCGCCCUUCGAGCAGCGCGCCUUCCCGCACUACUUCAGCAAGGGCGUCCCCAACGUGCUGCGCCGCAUUCAGGCGUCCAUCCUGCGCGUCGUGCCGCCAUUUGUCGCAUUUUAUCUUGUCUACACAUGGGGGACUGAGGAGUUUGAGAAAUCCAGGAGGAAGAAUCCAGCCACCUAUGAAAACGACCAAUGAGCAACUCAUCUGGAGGAUGGUGCCGUCUCUGAAUGACCCUUCUCUGGGAGAGGAGUCUACAUUGUAUAGUGUCUUCAAGACACAAUAAACUUCUUAUGGGCUGCAA